GGGUGAUUUUGAGAUAUGGGAGUGUACCUGACCCUGCUUUCCCCCAGGUGUGACUUUGGGAUGAUUUUGGCUGGUUUUGGAGUGCUGUUCCCUGUCUGCAGGUGCGGUUCCUGGAGCAGCAGAACAAACUCCUGGAGACCAAGUGGGGGGCUCCGCGGGGCAGCCCCCCCCCUGCAGCAGCCUGGGGGGGCUCCUCGAGUUGGCUACGCGGGGACCCUGUGGCGGCAGUGGAGGGCGCUUGGGCAGGAGCGGCAGCGGCUGCGCGCAGAGCUCGGCCAUGUCCGGGGGCUGGUCGAGGAGUUCAAGGCCAAGUAUGAGGAGGAGAUCAACCAUCGCACAGAGAAGGAGAAUGAGUUUGUCCUGCUCAAAAAGGAUGUGGAUGAAGCCUACAUGUCCAAGGUGGAGCUGGAAUCACGCCUGGAGAGCCUCACAGAUGAGAUAAACUUCCUGCGGCAGCUCUAUGAGGAGGAGCUGCAGGAGCUGCAGGCGCAGGUGUCGGACACAGCUGUGGUGGUGUCCAUGGACAACAGCCGCCAGCUGGACAUGGCUGGGGUCCUGGCGGACGUGCGGGCGCAGUACGAGGACAUUGCCAGCCGCAGCCGUGCUGAGGCUGAAGGCCUUUACCAGGUCAAGUAUGAAGAACUGAAGACGGCAGCUGGGAAGCAGGGGGACGACCUGCGCCAGACCCGCAGCCAGAUCCAGGAGCUGAACCGGCGCAUCCAGCGGAUCCAGGCAGAGAUUGAGGCUCUGAAAAAUCAGCGCUCUGGGCUGGAGGCGGCCGUGGCCGAGGCCGAGGAGCGCGGGGAGCUGGCACUGAGGGAUGCUCGGGCCAAGCUGGCGGACCUGGAGGGGGCCCUGGCCCAGACCAAGCAGGACCUGGCCCGGCAGCUCCGGGAGUACCAGGAGCUCAUGAACGUCAAGCUGGCCCUGGACAUUGAGAUCGCGACCUACAGGAAGCUGCUGGAGGGCGAGGAGAGCAGGCUGGAGGCUGCUGUGCAGAACCUGAGCAUCCACACCAAGCCUUCGGGGUACCUGGGUGGACUCGGGGGAGGUUUUGGGGGGGGAUUUGGGGGGGCGUUCGGGGGGGCCGUGGUCAGCUCAGGGUACUCGGUGCCACCCCCACCCCCCGAGAGCACAGCCCCCCUCAAAUCCCGGGCCAUCGUCAUCAAGAAGAUCGAGACCCGCGACGGGAAACUCGUGUCCGAGUCCUCCGACAUCCUGGAAAGCUGAACCCCCUUUCCUGGGGGACCCCAGACCUUGGCUCAGCUGGCUGAGCUGAGCCUCCCCUCUUCUCUGAGCAAACCCUAAAUCCUGACCUGCUGAGCCCUCCCCAGGCCCCAAUUUCUGGGGUGUCCCCCAUGCCCACACCAACCGAUCCCCCCUUUCCCAGGGGGCUCCUCCAUGUUCCCUGCCCCCGCAGGGUGUGCCCCUGGGUCCUGGCCUGGUGAACCCUCUUUCCUGAGGGGGUCCCCCUGUCCAGCCCAGAUGAACGCCCUCCCUUUCCUGGGGGGUCACUCUGUGUCUUGGGGGUCCCCAUGUCCAGCCCAGCUGAGCCCCCUUGGGCCUCCCCUUCUCAGGAAUCAAAACUCCCUCAAAAAGCCCUCAAAAAUCCCUCAAAUCAAAAAGCCCUCAAAAUCCUCCCAAUCUGAACCCCCUUUUCUGAGGUGUGGGGGAGGGUCCCCAUUUCCUGACAUUCUGAGCCCCCCAAGUCCCCUCUUUCCUGCUCAGGGGGGGUCCCCCCAGUCCAGGCCACCUGACCCCCUUUCCUGGGAGUCCUGUCCAUGUCUUUGGGGGAUCUUUAGGGGCGUCCCCCUCGUCCAGGCCAGCUGAGCCCAUUCCCUUCCCCCCAUUCCCAUGGGGGUCCCCCAUGUCCUGACCUGCUGAGCCUCCCCCUUAGUGUGUCCCCCCCUCCAUCCUGGCCCCCUUCCCUGGGGGUCCCCAGCUCCUGACAGGACACCAGGCACCCUCUGCUGACAACCUGAGCCAGUGCCAGUGCCAGUCUCCCUUGGGGGACUCCAAUCCCCCACUGUUCCCUCUCAGACGGGGGGGUGGGAACUGGGGGCUCUGGGCCUCCCCUGGGUGUUCUGCUUGCUGCUGGAAUAAAACCUUGGAAAUUUG